AUGGCUACGUCCUGUCUUUCGUGCUCCCUGCCUGUAAACAACGAAGAACUGUACAAGUGUGCGGGCUCCUGCGAUACAUCUUACCAUCUUCGUUGUAUUGGAGUCCCCGAAGCUGCUCUUCCGGAAUUCACACGGCCCGAUGCUCAAGCUCUCUGGAUUUGCGCAAGUUGCAACGCAUCACGGCUUAACGGUAGAGCUAUGUUCAAUGAACUCAAUACCGCUCUCGAUGUUCUGAAGGACGAGUUGCUUCGCGAAUUUGACGGUCGUCUUACUGCCGUCUUGGAUGCUGUGCGUGCUGAUGUACUGUCGGCUGUUGACAGGAGCAAUUCCAACACGCACACGUUGAUGCCACUCGCACCACUAACAUCAUCAACCGCCGCAGCAACGCCAUUAAGCUCCCGCCCCGGUGAACUGGACCGAGCGUCCCAAAACGCUCCUAACCGCAAUGCGCCUAAACGUAGGCUUGUCGAUUUCACGCCUCCUGAUGCCGUUUCUGCGCCACCUCUCAACGUUGGCACUGCACCGAUUUCACCAUCGUCUCGUACCGUGCUGACCGUCCCGUUGAAUGUAUCCAACGGGCCGAAAUUCUGGUUAUACCUUACCAGAAUUGCUCCAUCGGUGUCUGACUCCGAUUUCAAGCUGAUGGUGGCUUCUCAGCUAGGUACUGAUGACGUCAUCACUAUUAGACUGGUGCCACGUGACAAGGAUCCAGGCACUCUCAGCUUUAUCUCCUUUAAAGUUGGGAUGUCGCCUGAUUUAAAAGAAAAGGCGCUUUCACCAUCCACUUGGCACAACGGUAUAGUGUUCCGUGAAUUCACUGACCACCGCACCUCACAAACAGCACAGAAUUUUUGGCACACAGGGCCCCGAGAACCACUUCCGACCACCAGUACACGAGUCAACUUGCCGCCCAACCACCUGAAUCCGCCGCUUUCCGAUCCGCACCACGCCACUAUGCCCGAGCCACCACUGCCUUAA